GCGCGGUGAGGCUGCGCGGCGACGGAACACGACCACCGUCGUUAUUAGGUGGGGGGGGGGCGUGGAAAAUCCCGCCUUGCACCGAACAACCGAUAGCCGUUUCCACAUGGAUUUACUCAUUAAUUGAUCAGCUCUCUCGAUCGCCUUUUUGUUUUUCAUGCGAUUCAUUCAAGCGGAGAAACGGACACUUCGCCUCCAGUCGGGGGGUUAGCGCGGAAUAUGAGCGGUGCACAUCGAGGACCCGCGAUGCUGUCUUUAGGCGCACGAGCGGGAGCUUAGCGCUUCACCUGCGCCCCAAAAUCCCCCCCCCCCUCCCCCCACCCCGAGCUUUAGCUGUCACUGCCAAAGAGAAAAACAGGACAAAAGAACCAAAAAAAAAAAAAGAAUUGAGACAAGAUCACACUAUCAAGAAACCCCCCACCAAAAAAAAAACUCCUUUUUUUCUGUCCAAAGCAGAAGAUCGGAGGGAGAACUAAAGCCGAGCGGAGAGGACAAUAAGGAGCAAAAAAAGGGGUCUCAGGUCGACGGAGGACCAUGUUUGUCCCCCUGCCGGUGCCCUUCGUCUUUCAGAGAACUGCAUCCGACUUCAGCGCCUGGAGACUCAAGUCGUCGCUGGCUCCGCGGUCCAGCCCCGAUAUCAGGAUGUCCAAAGCAGAGGAGGAGAAAGCUGGGCCGGACUAUCCCGGUGAUGGCUCAGACUCAGACAGAAACAGUCCAGACGAGCAGUUUCAGCCGAUGGAAAGCAGCCCGUUCAGCCUCUUGCCCACACCAACCAGCAAGGUGAAGGCGGAAGAGAGUUGUGAAAUGACCCGCAGCACCGUGCCGCCAUCUUCUCAGCAGCAGCAGCAGGCACAAGCGCAGGCGCAGCACCACCACACGCAGCUGAUGCUGGCCGGCAGUCAGCUGGCGGGGCUGGCCGCACUCCUGCCGGCCCAGCAGCAGCUGCUCCUGCAGCAGGCCCAAGCUCAGCUUCUGGCCGCUGCUGUCCAGCAGACCAACGCCGCUCACGCUGCCGCCCAACAGCACCACCAACACCACCAACAACAACAACAGCAGCAGCAGCAGCAGAGCCAAACAUCUCAGCAGCAGCAAGCCGUCAAACAGGAAAUGACUGUCCAAGCUCCUCCUCCACCGCCUCAGCUGGCCCUCUCCCAGCCAAUUCAGCUCACGGCGCAGGACAUCCAGCAGCUGCUCCAACUCCAGCAGCUUGUUCUCAUGCCAGGGCACCCGCUUCAGUCCCCGGCCCAGUUCCUCCUGUCGCAGCCACCUUCCCAGACUCAGCAACAGCAGCAACAAGCUUUGCUCUCCACACCAAAUCUUAUCCAGCUACCUCAGCAAGGCACGGCGGGGCUGUUGACGACCACGCCCCGUCUGGGCCUCCAAUCGCAGAGGGAGAAGAGCAGCGAUGCUAGUGGAAGCAUCACCGCCCCGACCGCGUCCACGGGCGUCGGCGGCAUGACCGCAGGUGCGGCCUUAACUGCAGUGGGGUCCUCAUCGGGCUCCGGUGGCGCCAUGGCGUCCUCCCUGAACUCAGCCUUGACGGCCGGGGGCCACGUUGGCCACCUGGGAGAGGAGCCCAGCGACCUGGAGGAGCUGGAGCAAUUUGCUCGCACGUUCAAGCAGCGCCGUAUUAAACUGGGAUUCACACAGGGCGACGUGGGCGUCGCCAUGGGCAAACUGUAUGGCAACGACUUCAGCCAGACCACCAUCUCGCGUUUUGAGGCCCUCAACCUGAGCUUCAAGAACAUGUGCAAGCUCAAGCCUCUGCUCGAGAAGUGGCUCGGGGAUGCAGAGACCAUGGCAGUGGACAGCAUGCUGCCCAGCCCUUCUUCCAUCUCCUCCCCACUUCUGGGCUUGGAGGGUCUAGCAGGCCGACGCCGGAAGAAGCGCACCAGCAUCGAGACCAAUGUGCGCGUCGCACUCGAGCGCAACUUCAGCGCGAACCAGAAGCCUACCUCGGAGGAGAUCCUGCUGAUGGCCGAGCAGCUCAACAUGGAGAAGGAGGUGAUCCGCGUGUGGUUCUGCAACCGGCGGCAGAAGGAGAAGCGUAUUAACCCCAGCAGCAGCAGCACACCGCCGCUGCCCGGCCAGACCUCACCCGCUGUCACGCACAAAGCCCCCUGCUGUAGCCCGCACAUGCAGAUAUCCACUCCAGGCGUGUCUCAGGGCAGCAGCAGCCUUAGCACAACAGCUGCCACUUUGUCACCAUCGCCCGUGAGCUCCGUGGCAGCAGGUUCUACUUCCUCUUCUUUGACUCCACCCCCUCAUAGCACAGCCAGCCCCGCCCCUCCGGGUCUAGGGGCUCACGGCCUCAAUACUGGGAACACGAUGAUGGGAGUAAGCACAGGGAUGAACCAGGCGCUCAUGGGCAGCAAUCCGCUGGCUACCAUGCAAGCACUGGCAGCAAGCGGUGGACAGCUGUCAAUCAUGGAGGCAGGUGCGGGUCACAUGAUUCUGAGCGGCGGCCCCGGUGGGGUACCCGCCUCAAUGCGCCCCUCGCUCUUCCUCAACCGCCCGACCCUCCUGCCCAUGGCAACGUGCUCUCUCUCCAUGGCAACGGCAUCCCCACCCACCAUGGGGCUGGUGAGCGGCCCAGUGGGGGGAGCCCCCCGGCUCGCCUUCGCCCAGUCGCCGCCGGCCAGCGCGGCCCACCUCCUGGGCCCGCCUUCGUGCCCCGAUGACUCACCCUGCUCCAGCCCCGCCUCGUUCUGUUCCUUCAGCGAAGCCUCGCCUCCACCCCUGGGCGGGGCUAUGGCUGAGUGACAACCUAUCAGAGUAAAGGGGGCGGGGACAGCAAGCUUUAAAAGUGUCGCUUUUCAACCAAAGCCAUCUCUCGACCUCGCCAACGUCCUCCCAAACCCCCAAAAUGUACACAGAGGACGAAGAGGGAUGGCGAGGUGGCAGAGAACAGGAAGAGGCGACUCGAAGCCAAAAAAAAAAAACACACAUGGAGCUGAGGAGUGUCAGGAAAUAGACCAAGUGCAUGAUGGGAUGGCAACAACACCAAAAACCAAAAUCUGCAAAUACCAAAAACUCAAAACCAAAUAGAAAAAGACAAACAAAAAAAAAGUAACGGAGAGAAAAGCUUUAGACGUUUGCAUUCCGAUCCACCCUGGAUCGCGUUUCCGAUACAUCCCGACUCCAUUUUCACGCAUUCCCAUUUCAUUACUCAGGAUGAUUUGAAUUGAUUUCACUGACUCCUCGCUCGUCGUGACACGUAGCGUGACGUUUACAUGCCGAACGGUCUACCUCGCCAACGCACCGCUUGUUUUCACCACCAGGAACAGCAGACGGGUGGGGUUUAGCACCCGGUUCGCUUUAAAUGCAAACAACACUCCCACGAUUGCCACUAAACUGCACGCGUGAUGGAACGCUAAAUGUGGGAAUUAUUCCAAAUGAUUCUGGAUGGAUAACGUUUAAAGCUAGCCCUAAACCGAUGGAUACGCAGGCAGGAUGCAAACUGCCGUUGACAAGGACACAACAACAAAUCAACCAAUUACAUCAAAACUUUAUGGAUGUGACUGGACCUGGUCCAGGAUGGAACAGAUUUUGAAAUUCCUGCCUUGGAUUUUUCACUGAAGCAUUCCAGUUUACAAACAAAGCAACAACGACAACAACAACAAAAAAACACAACAUAACCUGCCCCAGUACGAUGCAUUUAUUGAACUCCCAACUGCUGUCGUCAGCUUGCCUUAUUUACAGAAGACACAAGUCUUGCAUUUGAUUUUGAA